GAUAUUUUUUCCUUUUCAGUUUGGCAUCAGAAUCAGAAGAACUCCAACUUGCGUCGGCAACCGCGAAAAGCGGAGGGAGGGGGAAGGGACGUGGGACCGAUCCAAUCAUCAAUCCACUAGCUUCACUGGGAAACGAAGAAAGAACAUAGGACUGAUCCGGUCGGUGGGACUUCCUCUCGAAUCGCCCCGAUCGAGACCCUAGUUGCCCCACGAACCGAGGAUCCAAGAUGAGUUUCCUGUUCGGGAAGCGGAAGACGCCCGCCGAGCUGUUAAGAGAAAACAAGAGAAUGCUGGAUCGAUCCAUCAGGGAAAUUGAGCGAGAGAGGCAAGGAUUGCAGGCCCAGGAGAAAAAGCUCAUCACUGAGAUCAAGAAAACAGCUAAAGAAGGCCAGAUGGGAGCUGUCAAAGUAAUGGCCAAAGACCUUAUUCGUACCCGGCAUCAGAUAACAAAGUUCUACCAACUCAAAUCUCAGCUCCAAGGAGUUUCUCUAAGAGUUCAGACACUAAAAUCAACUCAAGCUAUGGGUGAUGCCAUGAAGGGCGUUACAAAGGCAAUGGCUCAAAUGAACAGGCAGCUAAAUCUGCCAGGGUUGCAGAGGAUAAUGCAAGAGUUUGAGCGGCAGAACGAGAGGAUGGAGAUGGUGAGCGAAGUGAUGGGAGAUGCCAUAGAUGAUGCUUUGGAAGGAGAUGAGGAGGAAGAAGAAACUGAGGAGCUUGUGAAUCAAGUACUUGAUGAAAUUGGCAUUGAUAUCAACCAAGAGCUUGUUGGAGCCCCGUCGGCCGCUGUUGCUCAACCUGCUUCAGCGGGAAGGGUUGCCCAGGCUGAAAGUGCUGGGAAUGCUGACACUGGAAUCGACGCCGAUUUGCAGGCAAGGCUGGACAAUCUGAGGAGAAUGUAGGUGCUACACCAGCAAAAGAGUAGUGCCUUCUAGCUCUGUUGCCUGCGAAUGUGAAUACCUAGUCAAUCAAAGCAAAACGUUUACAAGCCAGUGUGUAUGUUGAAAUGAAUGAAGCGUUCGAUAUGCCGGUAGUAAUGACAAAUGUUAAAUAUACAUAUUUACAAUUUCUU